AUGACCGAGUCCAACAUGGAAACGGGAACCGACUCGGCGGGCAGUCUGUCGAAAAGCCACGAGGAUUUGCCUCGACACUCUCUAGAGGUCCAGGAGAAGAAUGUCGAAGCUGGCUUGCAACAGCAGGAGCAACCAGAGGCACCGCCGCGUGACAUGCCCGCCUGGAAAUGGUCCAUUGUCAUAACCGCCAUCUACAGCUCCCAGUUCCUUUUUGCCCUCGACAAUACCAUUGUUGCCAAUGUCCAGCCCGCUAUUGUCGAGGAGUUCAGCGCCGUGCAGAAGCUCACCUGGCUGAGCGUAGCCUUCUUGAUCUCCGCGGCUAGUACCAAUCUGGUCUGGGGCAAGGUCUACGGUCAAUUCAACGCAAAAUGGACAUACACCGUCUCGGUACUGGUCUUUGGGGUGGGCUCGGCCGUCUGCGGAGCUGCCCCCAAUGUCGGCGCUUUCAUCAUCGGGCGUGCCAUCUGUGGUGUCUCUGGAGCGGGCAUGUACGUGGGUUUAAUGACCAUGAUUGCCGUCACGACCACUCUCAAGGAACGUCCCGUCUACGUUGGCGGCACCGGUCUUGUCUGGGGUCUCGGCACUGUCUUGGGCCCCAUUAUUGGAGGCGUGAGCACGAUGGAUCGUUGCCGCGAGUUCGACUACGUAGGCGUCAUUCUCAUGAUUGGCGCCUGUGCUUGCUUCGUUAUGGGUGUUUCCUUCGGCGGUGUCACGUAUGCUUGGAACUCGGGGCAAAUCAUUGGCCUUUUCUGCACGUCCGGCGUUCUCUUCAUCAUCAUUGGCUUCCAGCAAGUCUUUACCGUCUUCACCAAUAUCAUCCGUCGAGUAUGCCCCGUAGAGUUCUUCGGGAGCCGCACCGUCUUGAUUCUUUUCGCCAUGACCGUAGCUGGCGGUACCGCACUCUUCCUUCCGAUUUACAUGGCGCCUCUCUACUUCCAGUUCACUCGCAGUGACUCUGCGCUACAGUCCGGUGUCCGCCUUUUGCCAUUCAUCUUCCUCGUCAUCUUCACCAUCACGAGCAACGGUGUUUUGCUCUCCCGCUGGGGGUUGUACAUGCCGUGGUAUCUCAUAGGGGGCAUUCUGGUUGCCGUUGGCGGCGGUCUCAUGUACACCGUGGCUCUCACUACCUCCGUCUCUAGUGUCUAUGGAUACACAGUCAUUCUCGGCUUUGGCGUGGGAAUGUUCGCCCAAGCCUCUUACUCAGUCGCACAGGCCGUGGUCCAGCCAGAACUGGUGCCUUCAGCCAUUGGUUUCAUCUCCACCGCCCAGAUUUUUGGCAUCACCCUCGCUCUGGCUAUUGCUAACGCUCUUUUCCUGAACGAGAGCGAGAAAGGCAUUCACGCCCUGCUCCCGGAAAUUCCUAGCGAGGAAAUUGCGCAGACCAUUGCCGGUGCCCAGUCGACACUAUUACACGACCUCAGCCCUCACGUCAGGACGCAGGUGUUGGAAGUCAUUGUGAAUGCACAAAGCAAGACGUAUAUUUUGGUCAUCGUCGCCGGCGCUCUUGUUACCUUGCUGAGUCUAUUGAUGAGGCGCGAAAGAUUGUUUAUCGCUGCCGGUGCGGCUGCCGGUGCUUAA